UUUCUGCCUAACAAUUUAAACACCCCAAAUUCAUUUCAUUAUUUGUAGCUUCUAUCUUAAUUACUCUUUCUUUCCCCCUAAAAAUGAACCCAUCAUUUCUAUGGCUUUCCCAUUUCAAUACCCAACUUUCUUCCUCCUAAUUUCAACCCUUUGUUUCUUUUCCUUUCCCCCUCAAUCCAAUUCCCUUUCCACUGUUUCCAUUUCCCAUACCUCUAACCAAACACUAGUUUGUGCAUUAGUACCAUCACCAAACCAACAAUCAUUCCUCAAUUGUACUAGUUUCCCUAGCGGAAUCCAAAUCCCUUUCCCCAAUGUAUCAUACUCUAGAAUCGUGGGUGGAAUGGGAUUCCUUUGUGGGGUGAGAUCACAAUCUCUCAUUACAUCAUCUGUUUCAGUCAUGGAGUGCUGGAGAUUCUUAGCUAAUGGGAGUAACAUGUCACGUAAAAGAAUUUACCGGGGUCCGGUUUUGAGUCAACUUGAAGCAGGGGAUUCCCAUGUUUGCGGGAUUGUAAAUAACAACAUCAACUGCUGGCUGUGGAGGGAAUGGGGCAGCAACACUCGGGCCGCCGUGACCCGAAGUUUUUCCAGCAUUGCUGUUGGUGAGGAGUUUGUUUGUGGGUUAGAUAGAAACGGCAACGUUUUAUGUUUAGGGGAUAAUGAUAGUAAUAAUAAUGUUGUGGGAAGUGAGCCUCGAAGUGGGAACUAUAGUGUUAUUGCAGCUGGUUCAAAGCAUGCUUGUGCAAUUACUUUGAAUGGAAGUUUAACUUGUUGGGGAAAUGUUGCAGGAAAUCAACCAGAAGGGGAGUUCAAGGAUUUAGCAUUAGGAGAUAAUCGGAGUUGUGUUAUUCGUGUUAAUGACACGGUAUUUUGUUGGGGGGACGGCGAUUUUAAAACGCCUACAACGUUGGUAGAGACUAAUUUCAUAGGGAUUGUGGCAAAAGGGAGUGUUUUUUGCGGUGUUGUAACUUCAAAUUAUUCGGUGUUAUGUUGGGGGAAUGAUGUUUUAGAUGGGAAUCAAUUGGUUUAUGGUAGGGUUAUGCCUGGAACUUGUACUAGUCAUUGCCCUUGUGAUGCUUUACCAGGGUAUGGUGACUAUUGUGGGCCAGGGUUGAUGGUGUGCCAACGUUGCGACCUGGUGGCUGCAUCUCCACCGCCUCCUACAGCGUCCGAGUUAGAGCCGAAAAAGGGAAGCAACGGUUGGACAUCGAGAAUGGUUGUGUUGUUGGUAGUAGGUUGUUUAGGGUCUGUUUCAUUGGUGGCAUCCCUUGUUUUCUUCUUGUGUAGAUAUCGCGGUAGAGGUGGGGGGAGUCGGGUUCAUGAUUCAGGACCCAUGGAGCUAGCCGUGAGUCCCCAAAUACCACGACGUGGUGAGACGGAAAAUCAACAGGCGGCGGUGGCGGUACCAGCGGUGUUGGAUAAAUUGGAUACAAGGUUAAGUCAUAUGUAUAGCAUGGGUAAUGGAGGGAACCUAGAGGAGUUUUCCUUGGAAGUUUUAGUCAAAGUGACUGACAACUUCUCAUUAGAGUACAAGAUUGGAGUAGGUAGUUUCGGAUCGGUCUACCACGCAACGUUAGAAGACGGGAGAGAGGUGGCAAUUAAGCGAGCUGAAGUUUCCGCCACAAGCGCGUUGUUAAUGAGGCGUAAGGAAGAGGACAGGGAUGUAGCGUUCGUGGCAGAGCUCGAGUUUCUCUCGAGGCUCAACCACAAACACCUCGUUCGAUUACUCGGCUUUUACGAGGAUGCAAACGAGCGAGUUCUUGUGUAUGAGUACAUGAGUAAUUGUACCCUCCAUGACCAUCUUCACAAGUUAAAGGGUUCAUCUCCCCUCGCGUCGUGGCCAAAUCGACUUCAGGUAGCCCUCGAUGCCGCUAGGGGAAUCGACUACUUACAUGCGUAUGCAGUGCCGCCUAUCAUUCACCGGGACAUUAAACCUUCAAACAUUUUGCUCGACAGUAAUUGGACGGCCAAGGUAUCGGAUUUUGGGUUGUCGUUGAUGGGUCCCCAAGACGGGGAGUCUCACCUGUCUCUUUGGGCUGCAGGUACUUUAGGAUACGUCGAUCCCGAGUACUACAGACUCCAUAUAUUGACUACGAAGAGCGACGUGUACAGCUUUGGAGUUGUGCUUUUAGAACUACUCUGUGGAUACAAGGCUAUCCAUACCAAUGAAGAAGGAAUGCCGAGAAAUAUUGUGGAUUAUGUGGUGCCAUACAUAAUGAGAGGCGAGAUCCAUAGGGUGUUGGACCCACAUGUGCCGCCUCCAACACCGCUCGAGAUUGAGGCGGUACAGUUCAUAGGGUACCUCGCCGUGGAUUGUGUCGGAAUAGAGGGACGAAGUCGGCCAACAAUGUCAGAAGUAGUUAGUUGCUUGGAAAGAGCCUUGAUGUCUUGUUUGGUUCAGCCUACGCUGUCCUCGUCUUCGACUGCAUCCUCGCGUUGACAAUUUCCUUUCCAGUAGCUCAAGGGUCUUUUUAGGGUUAGAGAAGACUUUUCAAACAUGUAAAUUACAUUCUUUCGUUUGAAAACUUUGUAAAUUAUUUCAAACGGCAACAGAAUUUUUCCACCCUCCACGGAGAAAAAAAGAA